AUCAAGGUUCGGGUUAAUCCGUAAAAGAAGUCAGUUGUUUGGGAUUGUGUUGAAACAUGAGUUUUAAAACCUCUGUUUUUAGAUGUGCCUCAUCAACAUGGGUAAAACAAUCACUGUCACACGUUAAGCAUCCUAACUAUGGUCUUUUCAGUACAUCUGCAGUUCACAAUGAAAAGGACUAUGCAUUUGAGAUGGCCUGUUCUAGUGUCCGAUAUGGGGAAGGAUGCACACAGGAAGUGGGCUUGGACUGUAAGAAUUUUGGUGCUAAGCAUGUGUGUGUGAUGACCGACAAGAAGUUGGCAGGCAUGUCGCCGGUACAGGUGGUGCUUGAGUCACUAGACAGACACAACGUCCCGUAUAAACUCUACGACCGGGUUCGAUGCGAGCCGUCAGAUCAAAGUUUUAAAGAAGCCAUUGAUUAUGCGAAGGAAGGCAACUUUGAUGUGUACCUUGCUGUGGGCGGGGGCUCUGUGAUUGACACUUGCAAGGCAGCCAAUCUCUACGCUUCUAACCCAUCAGCUGAAUUGCUGGACUACGUGAAUGCACCAAUAGGAAAAGGGCUACCAAUUACACACACUUUGAAGCCUUUAAUUGCUGUGACGACCACGGCUGGAACUGGGAGUGAGACCACCGGAACGGCUGUGUUCGACUUCCUCGAAAUGAGAGCAAAAACAGGUAUUUCUAAUCGAGCACUACGACCAACUCUUGGAAUUGUGGAUCCUCUUCACCUACGCACGAUGCCAGAGCGGGUUGCAGCUUACAGUGGAAUCGAUGUUUUGUGCCAUGCUUUGGAAUCGUUCACGGCCAUGCCUUUCUCUGAGCGCAUGCCACGCCCGGAAAACCCAAACAUGCGCCCCGCCUACCAGGGAUCAAACCCAGUGAGUGACAUUUGGUCAAAACAUGCCCUUCGAAUGACCGCAAAGUACCUCAAACGGGCUGUCUACCAACCAGAAGACUGGACAGCAAGGCGUGGGAUGCACUUCGCAGCUUCUUAUGCGGGUAUCGGUUUCGGAAAUGCUGGCACCCAUCUGUGUCACGGCAUGUGUUAUCCGAUCUCUGGUCUCAACAGGAAGUACUUCUCGCGUGACUAUAACGACGACCACCCACUCAUUCCUCACGGUCUGUCAGUGGUCAUCACGGCACCAGCUGUUUUCAUGUUCACGUCCAAAGCCUGUCCGGAGCGCCACCUGGAGGCAGCUGAAUGUCUAGGUGUAGAUGUAAGAAAUGUCAGGAAAGAGGAUGCUGGGAUGGUUUUGUCAGAGACGGUGAGAAAAAUCAUGGAUGACAUUGAAGUACCAAACGGACUGAAGGAUCUUGGGUACUCAACUGAGGACAUCCCUGACCUGGUGAAAGGAACAUUACCACAGCACCGUGUAACCAAACUGUGUCCACGACCAUUCGACGGUGAUGACAUUGCAGAGCUAUUGGAGAAAUCGAUGCGGGUUUAUUAAAUAACAUUUGUGGUAGUAGCAUACAAAAUUUAUGAAGCUUGUGUGGAAAUUGUUUUAUACCUCUUGCUUUCACUCAGGAAAUAAAAUAUUACCAAACUUG